AUGUCCGACCAGUCGACGUCCACAUCGAAGACUCAGCCCCAACCCGACAGGCUACAGCCCCACGAGUCCCCGGCAGUGCCAACGAGAACAAUGAUGGUUGAAGCAGGGGGACCGCUGCCGGACAUUAACCGAGUCCUUCUGCCGCCCCGCCUCGUCGCAUUUCCUCGUGCUGAAUGGAGCGCGACUCGCUUUUCAUACCCCGACUUCUUGUACAAAGAAGGCAUGGUCCGCGAGAAGUUUCAGUGGAUCGCGCGCGAUGCGAGCCGCGCCUGGGGUGAGGUUUUCCGCUACGCCAACCUCGACUUCGCCCUCGCUCCCGAACAGCGAGGUCAGCUCACACCCGGCUCUACUGAAUAUACGGAAGCUGUGUUACGGUCAUUAAGCUUGGCAUACGCCGACAAGGCCAUGCAAUUAACUGCCUGGGCUCGGAAUUUUCGGGUAUUGUACAAACUAAAGUAUACCACAGUGCAGGAGUGGCACGAGGGGAAGUGGGGCAUGUUUGAGAUUCUCUGCUGGGCUUGGAACAGUUACACAUCCGAAUUGGGAGUAGUCAAACCCUUGCGUGCCAAAGCGUGGCUGUACUCGGACGAGUUGUUCGAGCGCCUGUCGUUCUUUGGUGAGGACGUGUUGCAAGAGUUUUGGCAACCGGGAUACGACAGUUCAAACCCUCCGGCAUACAAGCCUGACUGGAUAGACGAGGCCGCGUACUUGCGACCCUGGUACCCGGACCCAAAUACCAUCCCGAAGCAGCCCCUCGUCGUCUUUGGCUACUCCGAGGAUCCCAAGUAUGCUUCUGUACCGCGUUAUGUCGAUGUUCACGGCCAAUACUUCAACUCUCGCACCGACGAGGAAGCUAAGGAAGCCAGGGAGUGGUGGGAGCGAUAUGGAAACCGCCGGGAGCACCCCCUUGACGGCCUGCCGGUGUAUACGUCGGACCUCGUUUCUGAGAGCAAGCCACCGCCUCCAUCGCCGACUGAGCGGGCAGCUGGUUCAGGCGCUUCUGCGGUGCCCUGA